GCCUCAGUCCCCCGCCCCCUCCCCGCCCGCGCGCAAAACACACUCGCCCCAGAGGCAGCGCGGCGGAGCCCGAGCCGCGGCCGGAGCGGAGCCGGGAGAACGGCGGUGGCGGCGGCGGCACCAUGACCCUGGGCAGCUGCUGCUGCGAGAUCAUGUCCUCCGAGAGCUCCCCGGCCGCUCUGUCCGAGGCCGACGCAGACAUAGACGUGGUGGGCGGCGGCGGCGGCAGCGGUGGGGGGGAGCUCCCUGCCCGCUCCGGGCCCCGCGCCCCCCGGGACGUGCUCCCCCACGGCCCCGAGCCUCCCCCGGAGGAAGCCGAGGCGGACGCAGCAGAGGACGAAGAGGAGUCCGGCGGCUGCUCGGACGGCGAGCCACGAGCCUUAGCGUCCCGGGGGGCGGCGGCCGCCGCAGCGGGAAGCCCCGGGCCAGGCGCGGCGGCGGCCCGGGGCGCGGCGGGGCCCGGGCCGGGACCGCCGUCGGGGGGCGCGGCGACGCGGAGCCCGCUGGUGAAGCCGCCCUAUUCGUACAUCGCGCUCAUCACCAUGGCCAUCCUGCAGAGCCCCAAGAAGCGCCUGACGCUGAGCGAGAUCUGCGAGUUCAUCAGCGGCCGCUUCCCCUACUAUCGGGAGAAGUUCCCCGCUUGGCAGAACAGCAUCCGCCACAACCUCUCGCUCAACGACUGCUUCGUCAAGAUUCCCCGCGAGCCGGGCAACCCGGGCAAAGGCAACUACUGGACGCUGGACCCAGAGUCGGCCGACAUGUUCGACAACGGCAGCUUCCUGCGGCGCCGCAAACGCUUCAAGCGGCAACCGCUACCGCCGCCGCAUCCACACACGCACCCUCAUCCGGAGCUGCUGUUGCGUGGCGGGGCUGCGGCGGCGGGGGACCCCGGCGCCUUCCUGCCGGGCUUUGCCGCUUAUGGCGCCUACGGCUACGGCUACGGCUUGGCUCUCCCGGCCUACGGCGCACCCCCGCCGGGCCCGGCCCCGCACCCGCACCCACACCCGCACGCCUUCGCUUUCGCCGCCGCCGCCGCCGCCGCCGCGCCCUGUCAGCUGUCGGUACCCCCGGGCCGCGCCGCUGCUCCUCCACCCGGACCUCCGACGGCCUCGGUGUUCGCGGGCGCAGCCUCGGCUCCGGCCCCUGCGCCUGCCCCGGGCACAGGGUCGGGCCCUGGCCCCGCAGGCCUGCCCGCCUUCCUUGGCGCGGAGCUGGGCUGUGCCAAAGCCUUCUACCCUGCGUCGCUGAGCCCUCCCGCAGCCGGCACCGCGGCCGGUCUGUCCACCGCCCUCCUGCGCCAGGGCCUCAAGACGGACGCGGGUGGUGGUGCGGGCGGCGGGGGCGCCGCGGCCGGCCAGAGGCCUUCCUUCUCUAUAGACCACAUCAUGGGCCACGGUGGCGGCGGGGCAGCACCCCCGGGCGGAGGCGAGGGCUCCCCGGGAUCGCCAUUCGCGGCGGCGGCGGGUCCUGGGGGUCAAGCCCAGGUCUUGGCCAUGCUGACUGCCCCAGCCCUAGCUCCCGUGGCCGGCCACAUCCGCCUCUCGCAUCCCGGGGACGCGCUCCUGUCCUCAGGGCCCCCGUUUGCCAGCAAAGUCGCCGGCCUCAGUGGCUGCCACUUCUGACCACGUCGAGCUCAGGGCCAGUUAGGCCCGCACUCCUCAGCCUCUCCCGGGAGCUCCUGCGGUCCCAGCGGAACUCAGGGAGUCUAUUUAUGAAGAGUCUCCAGACCUUGAGUCGGCGCGCGUG